GUUAAAAAUUUACCAAGGAAUCAAAUUAACUGAUGUAAUUGUUCAAAAUAUUUCUACUGAAUAAUGAUGGUCAAGUUGCAUGCUGAAUUCUUCGAAAGGAUUCAUAUGUUCAGGACAGUUUCUGUUCAAAAUCUUCAAUUAUGGUGUCGAUCUGGCUCUUGCAGAGAACGAUUCCAUUAUUGAGAAUAUGUAUGUGAUAGGCGUCUUUGUGAUUUUUGGAUUAGUAAUAGGAGUCUAUAGUUUUCCUGAUGGCGCUCCUGUAGAUGCUUGUGUAAAACCCAGACCGAACCAACCCUAUCAUGGACAAGCUAGGCCGCAAUCGCCACAAACCAACCCUUUUCAAAUUUUGCAAUCAGCUGCAGAGUAUGGACCAGGAGCACAAAUCACAGUAACCAUCCAAGGAUCAGCAAACUUCAAAGGAUUCUUCAUUCAAGCCAGAGAUGUCGCCACCAACGAGUGGAUCGGAGAUUGGGUAGAAACACCGAAUACUAAAGUUCAUUCAGAAUGUAGCGCCAUCACACAUGGAGAUCCAAGAGCGAAGCAGUCGGCUACAUUAGUCUGGCAGGCUCCUCAAAAUUCUAGGGGAGGACAAGUCUAUUUCACGGGAACUGUACUGAAAGAGUAUGCCGAGUUUUGGUCAGAGAUGGUAUCCCAACUUGCAGCGUAGUGUAAUUACUUUGUUUUGUGUCAUUAAAAUUGAAUUUCCACCUCAGUGACUGCUGUUCCUUUUUGUGCAACCAGAGUGAAAUGGGAGCUUUACGUUGGAGUUGAUGUUUAUUUUAGAUCCUUUAAGUGCUUUCCCAAUUAUUUAUUGUCGCUGGAAUACUCCUCACUGGAAACCGGACGACAAUUAUUCAUAAAACUAUGAUGGAGCCAUUAAAUUUUUUAAAAAUGUAUAAGAAAUUGCAUAAUGCCAGAGUAUAUAAAACUAUUGUUUUCUAUAAUCAUUACCAAUAAAAUGUACAGUUUGUUAA